AUCCUCUCAUCUCCGGCGCCGGCCAUUCCCAAGUCUUAUUAGGGUUCCAUUUCUCUCCGGCGAUGAUGUCCCUCUGCCCUAACCCUAACCCUUCUUUCCUCCACCUCCACCACCAUCGUCACCGGCAUCGCCGUCGUCCUUUCUUCGUCCGCUCCCUCGACGCCGCCCAGUCCUUCGACUUCGAAUCCCGAGCAGUGGAUCGCCUCAACGCCAAAUCCAAGCUCAAGAUCGCCGUCGUAGGCUUCGGCAACUACGGCCAGUUCCUGGCCCGCACUUUCGCCGCGCAGGGCCACACCCUACUCGCCCACUCCCGCUCCGAUCACUCCGCCGCCGCCGCCGCCAUUGGCGCCUCCUUCUUCCGAGAUCCUCACGAUCUCUGCGAGCAGCACCCUGAUGUGGUUCUCCUCUCCACUUCCAUCCUUUCCGCCGCCGAUGUGCUCAACACCCUCCCUCUCGGCCGUCUCCGCCGGUCCACCCUCUUCGCUGACGUCCUCUCCGUCAAGGAGUUCCCAAGAAACCUCCUCCUCUCCGCCCUGCCUCCCGAUUUUGACAUUCUCUGCACUCACCCCAUGUUCGGCCCUGAGAGUGCCCGCCAUGGCUGGGCUGGCCUCCCCUUUGUCUUCGACAAGGUCCGCAUUGGUGAAUCGGAGGAGAGGAUCAGCCGAUGCAAUCGUUUCUUGGAGAUUUUUGAGAAGGAAGGGUGCCGGAUGGUGGAGAUGUCAUGUGCGGAGCAUGACCAUAAGACGGCAGAAAGCCAGUUCUUGACCCACACCAUUGGAAGGAUCCUCGCAAAACUUGGCCCUGAAGAUGUGGACAUUGGUACCAAAGGGUACCAGACGUUGCUUGAGCUGGUGCAGAACACUUGUAAUGAUAGCUUUGAUCUCUAUAAUGGCUUGUUCAUGUACAAUAAGAAUGCGACGGAGCUGUUGGACAGGUUGGACUUUGCAUUCACUGAGCUGAAGAAGGAGUUGUUCGGGAACCUGCAUGAUAUAUUAAGGAAACAGCUGUUUGAGAACCCUGAGGAAUCAAAUGAAUUGAUCCCAGUUACAGGCCAAGUUCAGCCAUGUUGUUGGUAUGGAUCAUUGAAGAACUUUAUCUUGAAAGUUUAGCUUCUUAUUUUCUUGUGAUUUAACCUUGAAAACAUUAAGAAAUCCUGCACUGAAGUAUGUCAUAAUGCUUGUUUUCUACCUUAAUUAUCGUUUAUGCUUUUGUACCUUUUUCAAGAGUGACCCCAGUUAUAGACCAAGUUCAGCAAAAAAAAAAUCAUGGCAGUGAAACAGCCAUGUUGUUGGUAUGCAUCAUUGAAGAAUUUUAUCUUGCAAGUUUAGCUUAUUUUCUUUCUGAAGGUAACCCAGAUACAUGUUUUAAAUUCACUUCUCCUGCCCUAUUUUAUCUUUUAAGGCUCCAUUGAUUUGUGAAUUAAAUAAUUUUGUUCGCUUUACUUUUGAAUUAGAUCCGAACAUUGUUGUUGCUCAUAUGAAAAAAGAACAUUAGGAGACUGACUUAAUC